AUAGUCGAUUUGAAUUCAUGAUGUGAUCAUCACUCUCGUCAGAUGGCAUUGGUAUACAUUUAAAAUACCGCCAAAUAUAUAUCGUAUAGCAUGUACACAUUUCGGAGCACGUACACAUCUCAAAGUACCUCGGACCUUGAUUUAUUUACCAAUUAAUUUCGAACAUGUUUUGCAAAGAAGCUAUUAAGCUCGUAACUGAGCUUGAUAUGCAUGAAGAUAUUCGACCGUUUAACGAACAAGUAAUGCGACAAGUUUUUGAAGAGAUGCAAACGCUUUAUGAGGCCAAUCUGACGGACAGCAACGCCAUACAGAACGGGAACAGCGCGUUAUUACCGUCAGUGCAUUUCCGCCAUACGGCUCUGCUUAGGAACAAAAGAUGCGUGCUGGCGUAUCUGUACCACCGGAUCAGACGAUUACGGCAGAUGCGCUGGGAAUUGGGCAGCAUCCUGCCGACCGAGAUAACCGUCAACUUGCUGAAUGCGGAGGUGCAGUGGUUUCAAAACUACAACAAAUCUCUGGCCACCUACAUGAGAUCGAUAGGUGACGAUCACGGAUUAAAUCUGACUGUGAACAUGAGCCCUCCAAAGACGCUUUAUGUCGAGGUGAAGUGUUUAAGUGACUUCGGCAAGCUAGAACUUGAUGACGGCGAGGUCAUUACACUCAAAAAGAAUACAUAUCAUCUGUUACCAAGGGCUACGUGCGAGCCGCUUAUCAGACAAGGCAUACUCGAGCAUCAUAAUGCAUGAUAAUUGCAUGAUAAAAAAAAAGAGUCUCCUUAUUUCCAUCAUUUCUUUUAUAUUGUGUGUGCUUUUGUGCACAUAUCGCUGCCUUAUGCAUUUCAACGUUAAAGAUUUUUUCUUUAUAUAUAAAAUAAUAUAUGUAUAUGUAUAUACCAUCAUCAUAUUGAAGAAAUAGAACAUACAUUUUUUUAAUGCAAAAUAUGAAAUGCAAAUGUGAAUUUUAUAUUUUUCUUUAGUACUUCCAUAUCUCUAGUUCGUCCUUUCCUCAUUUUUUCCAUUUUUUUACUUUUUAGUCUCGAAUAAACAAGCUGUAUUAUUACCGCAUAUACUCUGAAUACGAUAUACAGAUUAACAUGCCACAAUAAUAACAAUACAUAUAAUUUUACCAUUUAAGUAUGAACACUUAAUGUUAAAUAUUGAGGACUUUAGAACUGAUUUUAUCAUUGCAACUUUUUAAUUUUUUAUUACACAUCUUUAUAUCUGAACCAUUAUUUAAAAUGAAAUCUAUUUGUAAUUAAUUAGAGAAUGUAACAAUUCAAAUGUAUAUUGCAGAAGCUUGACUCUCAGGUGUUUACUUCAAAUUAUUACCAUUAUUAUUAUUAGAACAUUUUUAUAGGGAUUUAAGCACCGAUAAUAGCGAGAAAUUAGGUCACUGUAUAAUAUAUCAAGCAGCAACGGAACAAUAUUUACCCAAGAGAUUAAAACACAUAGCUGAUAUAUAUAUACCCUCAGUAUUUGUGAUAAUAACUCUUCUUUAUCCCAUCAAUAAAUCUUCUUCUAGAGUAAAGUAAAGACACAUGUUCUUUCUUUCCUUUUAUCUAUUUGCCUUCUCCUUCUCUUUUACCGAGGUUCUUAAAAUACAGCUCACACGGC